AUGAGUGAUAGUGCAGAUGUGCGCAGUUUCCCGACUGCAUUGCUAAUUGGCACUCUAAUGAUAGCUUUGCCAGCAGUACCUGUCCUCAUUCUAUGUCAAUUCAAAAAGGUGGAAAAAAGGAAGGAAACUAUGCUUUCUGUAUCACAUUUACCCGCAGUGGAAAAUAGCGACUCAGAGAUAAAACAAACUGCUAGUGAUGUAACACAUUCAAUGGAAAAGAAACCGGCAGUGGAACAAAACAAGGUAGAGGUGAACCAAACCAAUGCGUUAGUUGCGGGAAAGAUGAAAUCUGCAGAAGUGAUGUACAAGAAUGGAAUACCAUUGUGGAUGGAGAUGAAACAAGACACUGAACAUAUUGCUGAUAGAAGUUUGAAAACGCAGAAGUGCAAUGACCAAGGGGGAAGAAAUUACCAAAUCAUUGGUGAUUUGGAUACCACCGAUUCAUCACAUGAAUAUUCAUUAGAGAAUACGCUUGCUAUAGAAUCAUUCGAAAAGAUUAAAGAAAAACAUGGUCAGAUACUGGAGGGUGAGGAGAUCAACCGUCAAAUGGAAAAAGCGCCGCAAAAAAGUGACUCAUCGAACUACUCAUUAUUUGAUUCGCAAUCAUCAAGGCGGGACAUUCGCGAACAACGGUAUCGAUUACUCAAAUUAAACACAUCGGUAGCUCGACGAGCAGCUGCUGCAUUAGAAGAUAGCGUGCUUUCUACAUCCACUCAGGACAAGAAAGAAAAACCGACGGCCGAAGCGGUUAAUUUUAAAUUCCAGUACAGUUCGAAGUUCUCGACAUCCCUCGUAGCCUAACAUGUAG